GGCAGUGCGAGGCGCGCGGGGCACGGAGGGCGGUGGCGGUGGCGGCGGGCUCCUGUGAGAAGCGAGCGGAGCUUCCUGAGGUGACUGACGCGGGCCUCGGUUCUGGGCGCAGGGGUGUGGGGCUGGAGGAGUGGCCGCGAUCCCCGUCUGCACCCAGGUGCCUCUUUUUUUUCCUGCGCUCCUGGGGGCUCCUUCCAGGUGCUCCAGCAGCUGCCCGGGGAUCACGGCCCGGUCCGCUGGGCGAGGAGCUGGGGCGGGGUCUGUGCGGGGCCUGUCACCCCCGUCUUCUGCAGCUCGGUGUCGACGGCGAUUCGGUGGGCUUGUGCGUUUGUUUUGUCAGCGUGCUUAGGUGUCACAGCGGGGUGACCCACCGAAGGAAGGUUUUGCCGCUGGCGCGUCAGGUGUAUCGCGGCCUUGGGGCCGCGGAUCCCUGGGGCCUGCCGCUGCCUCUGGGGUUCGCGCGGCCCUGGCGUCGGGGCUGCCUCAGCGCUGGCUGAAGGCCGGCCCGAAGCACCCUUAAUUGUGGCCGCGCGCUUCCCUGCUGCUCCUGCUGUUCUCCGCGUCGCGGUGGCGGACUCUGGAGGUGGAGCCUUGCCCGACGAGUCGUUGAGGAGGAAUCAUUAUAUAUUCUAAAAAUAUAUUUUCCCUUCUCUGUGGACUUGGUAUAAAACGUAGCUUUUUUUCUGCUUGGAUUUAUUUUCUAAAAAUCAACACCGUAAACCCAUAUCACGUACAACAAAAUUGGGGUAGUUAAACCAUGAGUUGUGGAAAUGAGUUUGUGGAAACAUUAAAAAAAAUUGGUUAUCCCAAAGCUGAUAAUCUUAAUGGAGAAGACUUUGACUGGUUGUUUGAGGGCGUUGAAGAUGAAUCGUUUCUGAAGUGGUUUUGUGGGAAUGUGAAUGAACAGAACGUGUUGUCUGAAAGAGAAUUGGAAGCUUUUAGCAUUCUUCAGAAAUCAGGCAAGCCUAUUCUAGAAGGGGCGGCAUUGGAUGAAGCUCUUAAAACGUGUAAAACUUCUGAUUUGAAGACACCUAGACUGGAUGAUAAAGAGCUGGAGAAAUUAGGGGAUGAGGUUCAAACUCUACUGAAAUUAAAGAACCUAAAAAUUCAGCGACGUAAUAAAUGUCAAUUGAUGGCUUCAGUAACUAGCCACAAAUCUCUGAGGUUAAAUGCUAAAGAAGAAGAAGCCACUAAAAAGCUGAAGCAGAGUCAAGGAAUUCUAAAUGCAGUGAUCACUAAGAUCAGUAAUGAACUUCAGGCUCUUACUGAUGAAGUUACACAAUUGAUGAUGUUCUUCAGACAUUCUAAUUUAGGUCAAGGGACAAAUCCACUGGUAUUUUUAUCGCAAUUUUCCUUGGAAAAAUACCUAAGUCAGGAAGAGCAAAGCACAGCAGCAUUAACUUUGUAUACCAAAAAACAGUUCUUUCAGGGUAUACAUGAAGUAGUUGAAAGUUCAAAUGAAGACAAUUUUCAACUUUUAGAUAUACAGACACCAUCUAUUUGUGAUAAUCAAGAAAUCCUUGAAGAGAGACGACUAGAGAUGGCUAGACUGCAGCUCGCAUACAUUUGUGCUCAACAUCAGUUAAUUCACUUAAAAGCAAGUAAUUCGAGCAUGAAGUCAAGUAUAAAAUGGGCAGAGGAGAGUCUUCACAGCCUAACCAGCAAGGCUGUGGACAAAGAAAAUUUGGAUGCUAAAAUUUCUAGCUUGACCAGUGAGAUUAUGAAACUUGAAAAAGAGGUCACUCAAAUAAAAGACAGAAGUUUACCUGCUGUGGUAAGAGAGAAUGCCCAGUUAUUGAAUAUGCCAGUGGUAAAGGGAGAUUUUGAUCUGCAGAUUGCUAAACAAGAUUAUUAUACAGCAAGACAAGAGUUAGUUUUAAAUCAAUUAAUAAAACAAAAGGCAUCAUUUGAACUUCUACAGUUAUCAUAUGAAAUUGAAUUAAGAAAGCAUCGGGACAUAUAUCGUCAACUUGAAAAUUUGGUUCAAGAACUUAGUCAAAGUAACAUGAUGCUCUACAAGCAAUUAGAAAUGUUAACAGAUCCAUCAGUUUCUCAGCAGAUAAAUCCAAGGAAUACCAUUGAUACUAAGGAUUAUUCGACUCAUAGGCUUUACCAAGUUUUAGAGGGAGAGAAUAAGAAAAAAGAAUUGUUUCUAACUCAUGGAAACCUUGAGGAAGUGGCUGAGAAAUUGAAACAGAAUAUUUCUUUAGUACAAGAUCAGUUGGCAGUAUCUGCUCAAGAACAUUCUUUCUUUCUGUCCAAACGGAAUAAGGAUGUGGACAUGCUUUGUGAUACUUUGUAUCAAGGAGGAAAUCAGCUUUUACUUAGUGAUCAGGAGUUAACAGAGCAGUUUCAUCAAGUUGAAUCUCAACUGAAUAAGCUAAAUCAUCUCCUCACUGAUAUUCUUGCUGAUGUGAAGACAAAAAGAAAAACUUUGGCAAAUAAUAAAUUACAUCAAAUGGAAAGAGAAUUCUAUGUAUAUUUUUUAAAAGAUGAAGAUUAUCUGAAAGAUAUUGUGGAGAAUUUAGAAACUCAAUCAAAGAUUAAGGCUGUUAGUCUUGAAGAUUGAAAAUUACUGAAAACUGAAUACUACAUGUCCUCUUUUAUUUAUUAGAAGACUGUGUAUAAUAAACACUACUAAAUUUUUAAAA